CCUCACUCCUCAUUUCAAUUUAUUAGUUUCCUUCAAACUCGCUUUGACGUCAUACCCACAAUCCAAAACAUGUCCACCCCACUGCUCCUCGACAGCAUCGCCGCAUUCCCCGCCCAUCGACUGCGCAAGACUGAGACCAUCAUUGUGCGCGAGGACGGCACUCGUUACGUCGAGAAGCAACAGACAGACGGCUCGGUCGUCGCGGAAGAGCGCGAGCCAAUCCCAAUGCCAGUCAAGGACAUGGACAAGCUGAACAAGCCAGACAAGGUCAUUGACAAGCUCUAUAUCAGUGCCAUGGAGGCCGCUAUGAACUGGCCUGCAAUUGAAAGCGAAGGCAUCACGCACGUCGUCAAUCUCGCUGUGCAGUGCGCAGACAACUACUUUCCAGACAAGCUCCAGUAUCAUGCAGUCAAGCUCGUCGACCUGUCAUUUGCUGACGCGCUCAAGUUCAUCCCAGACGGUGUCAAGUUUAUUGACAGUGCUAUUGAAGGCGGUGGUGCGGUGCUGGUUCAUUGCCAAGCAGGAAUCUCGCGCUCAUCGACGUUUGUGGCCGCCUAUCUCAUGUUCAAGCACAAUUACACGGUCGAGCAAGCGCUUGGCAUCAUCCGCGACGCCCGACCCAUCAUUUCGCCCAAUCCAGGCUUUCGCCGGCAGCUUGGCGAGUACGAGCAGCGUCUCAAGGCAGAGCGGAGUGCACAGGGCCCCAAGCAAUAGCAUGCUGACAUGAGUUUAUUCGAUUCGUUCAAAUUUGUCUUGCUGUUUAAGAUUGUCGUUUUGUCAACAACCAAAUGCAUUGAGUGUUUAUCCCGG